AUGUUGAACUCUUUCUUCUCCGGCACUGUUACUCCUCACUCCAUCGGUCAAUCACCCAGUCCGUCCGAAAUGAGCGCCGACCACCAUUCUGAACCCCCCGUCACUGCUAAUCCCGCACCGCAUCCCAACCCACAACCAAGACGCCGCCGGAUCGUGGUAGCCAUGACAGGGGCCACUGGCGCCAUCCUAGGAAUCAAAUGUCUUAUUGCCCUUCGCCGACUAAAUGUGGAAACACACCUCGUGAUGAGCAAAUGGGCCGAGGCAACGAUCAAAUACGAGACGGACUACCAUCCCUCUAAUGUCAAGGCCCUCGCCGAUCAUGUUCACAACAUCAACGAUAUGGCAGCACCGAUUUCCAGCGGCUCUUUCCGAGCAGAUGGCAUGAUUGUGGUACCUUGCAGCAUGAAAACGCUGGCUGCCAUCCAUUCUGGAUUCUGCGACGAUCUGAUCUCCCGAACAGCCGAUGUGAUGCUCAAAGAGCGACGACGCUUAGUGCUAGUGGCCAGAGAGACACCCUUGAGUGAAAUUCAUCUACGCAACAUGUUGGAGAUUACAAGAGCUGGUGCUAUCAUCUUUCCUCCUGUCCCGGCGUUCUAUAUCAAGGCUGCUGGGAUAGAAGAGCUCGCUGAUCAGAGUGUUGGAAGGAUGUUGGAUUUGUUUGAUUUGGAUACGGGGGAGUUUGAACGGUGGAAUGGGUGGAAUAAUUAA